AUACUCACUAUUCAGUUGUUGAAUCAAACUGCACAAUCUCAACCCUCUCUCUCUACCUUUUCUUCAACCACAUCCUCAUCUUGAUCAAAAAAAUUUCCAACAUGAUAUCUUGGUGGUUUGAUUUUCCUUAUUUAAUUCUCUUGUCAGAGAGCAUCGACUGACGGCUGGGUCGGUCCGAUUGGGAACGACGAUUAUCUGCAAGAAGAUCGAAUAUCUCAAGGGUUUGUAUGUAUCUUGAUUGAAAUAUUUACUUUAUGAGAAACCCUGGUAGUCGUAAUUCUUAUUUGAUGACCAAUAUAUUAUCUUUUCCCCUAUGAAUUUUAAUCAUUUAUUGAACUAACUGUAUCUUGAAUGGCUAUUGGUUUGAUGCUUCUAUAUUGCUCGAAUCAAAGACCAUGAACCUUUUUCGAGCUUUACAAACUAAACCGAUUUAAAAAAAAUUGAUUCACAGAGUUUAGAGUUUAAUCUCUGAAGAUAUCAUCCUUUCUAGGUAGGAUAUUUAUAAAGUUUUAUGUAUUCAUGUUUAAUUUCAUGUAGGCUGCAUGUCAUCCUGCCUCUUUCUAUCCCAAUUUUAGGGUUUUCCCUUUCCCCAUAUAUUGAGAUAUUUGUUUGCAAGUAAUGAAGGUGUAAAAAUUAUGCUCCUACUACAAUUGGAAAAUAGCAAAUAAUUAAUGGGAAUUUAGAAAUUCCCUUUCUCAGCCUCUAACUCUGAGUUCCACUGCUUCUUAAUUUUGUAAGUUACUAUUACUCUGAUCUGAAGAAAUAAAAUUUCAUUGGGAAACAAUAGAAAAUUACAAGUACUUCUUUAUUUUUGUCCCCUCAAAUUGCUUCCCUUAUUCGUCCUUUAAAUUUUUUUUAUUGGGUGGGGUGAGGGUGGAUUUAAGUAUAUCUGUAUAAUCAAACUCUUUCAAUUCUGCAUAUAUAUUCAACUGUCUCACCUGCCCAUUUGGAGUUUUUUAAAUCAAAUCUACUUCUAUCAAUGAAGCUGAAUGAAACUAUUAAUAUAAGGAAUUAUUUGAAAAUUUCCCACCCUCAGCCAUCUGUAAAAAACUAUAAACCCAUAGUCCAGUACUGCUCUAGUGGCUACAUGCAAGUAUAUUAAGCUGUACACAAAUUUCAUACUACAUGCAUAAUCAAUUUUAGUCAAGAUUGUUUAUUGUUUUAAUAAUUCAAGUGUACUAUAUUUUUUUAAUUGAUCUUUUAUGACACAUUUAACCUAAUUUGAUCUGAUUUAAGACAAUUGAAUCCCAAGACAAGCUCUCCUUGAUCGACAGUGAAGAGAAGAUGAGUUUGAGUGGAGAAGAAGACAAGAAGAUGGCAGCAUCAUCAGAUUCAUCGGCGAACCUCUCCUCGAUAGACUUGAACGAGGAUGCAUGCAGCAACAUUGUAGUGGAGGAUCCCAUGGUUCAAAUGUCGGGCAUAAGCAUUCAAGAAGGGGAGCAAGGGAGAUCCGAGGAUGACAAUGACAAUGACAACGAAGAUGGCAAGGAUAAGAAGAAUGCAGUGCGACAAUACAUCCGAUCCAAGAUGCCAAGGCUUAAAUGGACUCCUGAGCUCCAUCUCUCCUUUGUCCAUGCCAUUGAAAGACUAGGUGGCCAAGAAAGAGCUACUCCGAAAGCAGUGCUUCAAUUGAUGAAUGUGAGAGGACUUGGCAUCUCUCAUGUCAAGAGUCAUCUCCAGGUGCACAAGAUGUAUAGAGGUAAGAAGCUCGAUGAAUCCGGACGAGGUCGAGCAAAUAGGAUAUAUAUCCAAGGGAGAGGCUACUUCUCAAGCUCAUCAUCACCUUAUACUGAGAAAUGCAGGCCAUUUCAUGAGUUGAGAAUGGAGAAUGGUGGCAUUGUCUUUUCAAGGAAUUUGAAUAAUCAACUUGAUCACAAUUAUCAUCAGAUCAAACCCUUAUCUUCUUCUUCUUACAGGUAUCAUCCAUGGUCUUCUUAUCGCCACGAACCAAAAGUUAGGUUUGGACCGGGACUAAUUUCAGAGGUCGGAACCCUAGAGAAACGGUCUAUCUCUAGCCGGAUCCUAGAAGGAAGAAGAUGGCUCCAAGAUCAAUCCAAAGAGAAAGAAAUCUCCAAAUCCAACAACAAUUGGAAUUUAAGGCCACAAUCUCGUUGGAAUAGUAAUUCCAUCGACAGCAUUCAUAUUAAUUAUCAUCAGAAAUCGGGCUUCUUAGCGUCUCAUAACUCCAAGCACAAUCUCGAGAAUAUUAUUCAGAUGAAUGAGGAGAAGAAGUGGUUUCCAGCAGAUUUAAAACUGGGAUUGAGCCUCAGUUUAAGCAGCAGCAAAGAUGGCAACGACCACUCGGAUAUUAACACGAAGCUUUCGCUUGCUUUAACCCCUCAUUCAUCGACUGCAACCUAGCUAAGCAAUGAUUUUUAUUUAUUAAAUUGUAGUAUCAUCAUAUAUAGGUGAUGAAAUAAUAUGUGUACACCAUAUAUAUAAUAUAUUUAAUGCAAUCAUAUGGGAUAGGAUAGAUUUCAUUAAGAACAAGAAUACUAUAAAUGCGGGAUGGUUAUCAGUCAAUUUGCAAUCAUAUUUAAUAAUUGUUACCUUGACCCCCUUUAAUAAAUUAUAUUGAUUGGGCUUGAUUGUGA